AGAGCCCUCUACAGAGACGUCAUGGAGGAGAACUAUGAGAAUGUGGCCUCGCUGGGGUUUCCAGUUUCCAAACCUGAUGUGAUCUCCUGGCUGGAGCGAGUGGAGGAGCCAUGGGUCCAAGACCUCCAGGACUCUGAGGAAAGAGAGACCCUGAGAGAUACCUGCAUAGCAGAUGAUGGGAUGGCGAAUGAGGUGGAGAAUCCUCAACAAGACGAUGCUGAGCAAGUAGAAGCACAUGGGACAUUCUCAGAAAAAUCCUGGAGUUGUGCACAGGCAAACAACUGUGAGAGUCAAAACAGAUCAGAGAAAAAGUUCAGUAGAGGCUCAGACCUUAUUAGACAUGAGAGAAUGAACACAGGAGAAACACCGUACAUCUGCCUGGAGUGUGGGAAAACCUUCAAACAUAACUCAGUCUUUAUCAUACAUCAGAGAAUCCACACUGGAGAGAGACCAUACACAUGCCCCGAGUGUGGGAAAAGCUUCAGUCGCAGCUCAAACCUUAUCACACAUCACAGAAUCCACACAGGGGAGAAACCCUACACUUGCCAUGAGUGUGGGAAAGGCUUCAGUCGGAGCUCAGAGCUUAUGAUACAUAGGAGAAUCCACACAGGAGAAAGACCCUACAGCUUGCUGUGAUUGUGGGAAAAGCUUCAUUCGGAGCUCAGAGCUUAAUAAGCACCAGAGAAUCCACACUGGAGAGAGACCCUUCAGAUGUACUGAGUGCGGGAAAGACUUCAUUUAUAGCUCACAGCUUGUCACACAUCGACGAAUCCACACA